CCCGAACAACGUUUUGUCUCUCCCAUGUAUGUCAACAGCAUAUCUUUGACGAUACUUCGAGGUCAAUGGUCUUGCCUGUGGCGGCUCUCCAAUGAUGCAGUAAUCUUCAUGUCAAUGAAUUUGUGCCGUUCAUCAUAAACUGCCAACGACGCGGCCGCCGCCGCUGCUGCCACCGUCAUGGGUCUGCCCUCCGUUUUCCGUAACAUCUACGAUCUCGACACCCUCGACACGCGCUUCACGAACUCAACAUCGGUUCCGUACAAGGCUGUCAUUGAGGCACGCAACGACUCGGCCCAGAUCAAGGACACUCCCAACAAAGCCCAAAGCCGUGCUCAGCCUUCGAAAUGGAACACCCCGGAAUUCUAUUUCUACUACCUUAUCUUCAUCCUGGCCGUUCCCUACAUGUUCUGGAUCCCCUACACAGUGUCAAAUCCCUCUGACCCAAGGUAUCCUAAAUAUGAGCAUCUACUCUCGGACGGAUGGAUUCUGGGGCGCAAGAUCGAUGUCUCCGAUGCGCAGUACAGCUUCUUUCGAUCCAAUCUGCCCUAUAUGGGCCUCCUCCUUCUUCUUCACCCCUUCGCCCGGAAGGUCUGGAACGCCGUCUUCCCUCUCCCAGAUAUCCAACGCAAGUCUGUAGUUGAACAAGGCCGGACCCGUCUGCAACAGAGGGCCUCGUUUGACUACGCCUUUGCCCUUCUCUUCCUCGUCGUGCUCCACGGGGUUUCGGCCAUCAAGGUGUUGACUAUUCUGUACGUCAACUACCAACUUGCCACGACGCUUCCGAGAAAACACGUGCCCGCCGCGACAUGGGUAUUCAACGUCUGCACUCUGUUUGCGAACGAGCUAUGCAAUGGAUAUCGGCUCAAAGACAUAGCCAUGCGCAUCACGCCGCCUUUAUCACCACACGGGGAUGCUCAUGCUCUCCCCCCCCUGGUGCAAUGGGGAGCGUGGCUCGACGGGUUCGGCGGUCUUAGCCCUCGGUGGGAAGUCCUAUUCAACUUCACCAUUCUCCGUCUCAUCAGCUUCAACCUCGACUACCACUGGAGCUUUAACGCGAGGGGCUCCAGUCCCGUGGAGAAGAAGCAACUGGAUCCGGCCAACCUCUCGGAACGAGACAGAAUCGCCAUCCCCGCCGAGGCCGCCGAAUUCUCGUUCCGCAACUACGUCGCCUACACCAUCUACGCCCCGCUGUAUCUAGCCGGUCCCAUCGUGACCUUCAACGACUUUAUCGCUCAGAGCAAGCAUCGUUCUCCGACCAUCGAGACGUCCCGCACCAUCCUCUACGCCAUUCGUUUCCUCCUCGUCCUCCUUGCGAUGGAAGUCGUCCUCCACUUCGAUUACGUCAACGCCAUGUCGCUCGCAUCGCCCGUCUGGUCGGACUAUACCGCCGCGCAGCUGGCCCUCCUCUCGUACAUGAACCUGCACAUCAUCUGGCUCAAGCUCCUGCUCCCCUGGCGGCUCUUCCGGCUCUGGGCCCUCCUGGACGGCAUCGACCCGCCCGAGAACAUGAUCCGUUGCGUGUCCAACAACUUCUCGACCAAGUCCUUCUGGAAGGCGUGGCACCGGUCAUACAAUAGGUGGUUGAUCCGCUACAUCUACGUGCCCCUCGGCGGCUCGGAUUUCAGCUCGUGGCGCCGCAGCCUGCGCUCGGUCGCCACGUUCCUUCUCGUCUUUACGUUCGUGGCGCUCUGGCAUGACAUUCGCCUUCGCCUCCUGAUAUGGGGUUGGCUCAUCGUUCUUUUCAUGAUGCCCGAGGUUAUUGCCGGCUUCGUUUUCCCCGCGCACCGGUACACAGUGACGCAGUACCGCAUGCUCAGCUGCGUUGGGGCGGUCGGCAACGUGCUCAUGAUGAUUUCGGCCAACCUCGUCGGCUUUGCCGUGGGCUUGGACGGGCUACAGGCUAUUAUUUAUCAAAUUCUACACGACUGGUCAGGUGUCUUAUUUCUUAUCACGGCCUGCGCGGCGGUGUUCGUUGGUAUCCAAGUCAUGUUCGAGAUUCGCGAGUCGGAACUGAGGAGAGGUAUAUCCCUAAAGUGCUAGGUCCUGGUUCCUCCAUCCAUUGUUUUCGAAAAGAGCAGUCAUUAGGUAUCCAUUACUAUCAUAAGAGUUUGCAUUUACAUCCUUGUCCACUUGUUCCCGCAGGCGCACUGUAGAAUACAUGUAUAUAUUGAUGGAAAUGCCGUUAUUUUCAAGGGGGCGCAACAAUUCUGGUGCCUUUCAUGGAACCUUAAAUUAAGGGUGAGGAUGGUCGGACUGGGGCAACCGGAUAUGCUGACUGGAGUCUAGGUGCCGGCAGGCGCCACACCUGACUAGCAGGCCGUAGCAACGGUCGCCGUUAUGGUAGGCAGAUUCUGCGUAUUAAUUGUUAGGUGUGGCAGUUAUCGUAGCUGUUAAAACCUGGACCCCAGUGGAAAUAUCCAGUUGUUC